GAGCCGGCGGGGGGCUCGGUCGGCGCGGGGGCCGUUGGCUCCAGACAAAUAAACAUGGAGUCCAUCUUCCACGAGAAACAAGAAGGCUCACUUUGUGCUCAGCAUUGCCUGAAUAAUCUUUUGCAAGGAGAAUACUUUAGUCCUGUGGAAUUGUCCUCAAUCGCACAUCAGCUCGAUGAAGAGGAGAGGAUGAGGAUGGCAGAGGGCGGCGUCACCAGUGAAGACUAUCGAACGUUUCUGCAGCAGCCUUCCGGAAACAUGGAUGACAGUGGCUUCUUCUCCAUUCAGGUUAUAAGCAAUGCCUUGAAAGUUUGGGGUUUGGAACUAAUCCUGUUCAACAGUCCAGAAUAUCAGAGGCUCAGAAUCGAUCCUAUAAAUGAAAGAUCAUUUAUAUGCAAUUAUAAAGAACAUUGGUUUACUGUUAGAAAAUUAGGAAAACAGUGGUUUAACUUGAAUUCCCUCUUGACGGGUCCAGAAUUAAUAUCUGAUACAUACCUUGCACUUUUCUUGGCUCAAUUACAACAGGAAGGUUAUUCUAUAUUUGUUGUUAAGGGUGAUCUGCCAGACUGUGAAGCUGACCAGCUCUUACAGAUGAUCAGGGUCCAACAGAUGCACAGACCAAAACUUAUUGGAGAAGAAUUAGCACAACUGAAAGACCAGAGAGUCCAUAAAACAGACCUGGAACGAGUCUUAGCAGCAGAUGAUGGGUCAGGAAUGUUAGACGAAGAUGAGGAGGAUUUGCAGAGGGCUCUGGCACUAAGUCGCCAGGAAAUUGACAUGGAAGAUGAAGAGGCAGAUCUUCGCAGGGCUAUUCAGCUCAGUAUGCAAGGCAGUUCCAGAAAUAUGUCUCAAGAUACUCCACAGACUUCAAGUACAAAUCUUACUUCAGAAGAACUGCGGAAGAGAAGAGAAGCCUACUUUGAAAAGCAGCAGCAGGAGCAGCAGCAGCAGCAGCAGGCAGCUCCUCCAGGACAGAUUUCUCAGCCCCGGGAAAGGCUGACCACAAGUUCUGGAGCCCCUGGGAGUGAUCUAGAUGACACUAUGAGCGAAGAAGACAUGCUUCAGGCAGCUGUGACCAUGUCUUUAGAAACUGUACAAAAUCACUUGAAAACAGAAGGAAAAAAAUAAUGCCUUUAAACGAUGAUUUAGAUGCUCCGGUUUUCUGAUAUUAUCCUGUGGGGUGACAGGAUAGGGUUCAUUUCAGCAGUGUACCCAAAAGAACAGUGUUCCACCGGGGAGAGGAGACUUUUAGGUGAUUUGCAAACAAAAUGAUGAAAAAGUGGGAAAAUCUGUCUGUUAUUAGGACUAAAUAAUGAUCCUCCACACACUAGCCAAAGGCAUUUAGCAAUUAAAGACAUUUGAAAUAGUUUUCUAAAUGUUCCUUUUUCUUUUUUUGAUAGUGAUCCCUAACAUGCCUGAGAUAAGAGCCUUGUGCUGUGGGACUUCUCUGCACACUAGCCUCUUGCCACAGAACCUUGUCCUUAUAGUUUUACUGUCUUGCCUCUUGUGGCUCAUUUGACUCAUUUUCAUCUGACAGUUGCUUUUAUUUCUUAUUAACCAACUUCACCUUUUCAGGUUAGCAUCAUAGUACUGGUUCCAAAAGGAUAAACUCUUCUCCCUCAGCAUCCAUGCACCAUGUGUGACCUUGGGGCUUUCCCCUUGUUAUUUUCUCCAAACACAAUGUCCCUGCUCUCUGGUUUUCCUUAUUUUUGUACAACUCUUCGCCCCUGCUCUGUCCUGGCUUGCCCCGUAAGCCCCCACUGAAGCAGUCCUCACCUCCUGACUGGCACAUUCCCCUGUCUGAUGUCAGCACAGAAAGCGGGGAAGAAAUGGUGAAGCAAGGGCAUGCUUCUGGAGCUGCUUUGUGAAUGGUUCUUCAGUUAUGUCGCAACUUUACAGAUUUGUUGUAACUCUUUCCUGGGCCUUAUUGUUUCCUUUCUCCUCCACUUGAGAAAAAAUAGAAGCAUAGUAUGCAAGCAGGUUUCUUUCUGAUAGAUGAUUUUAUGUAAAUACCCACCAUGAAUGUAUGAUAGACACAAUUUGGCCUUCAACUUUAGUCUAUUUCCUUAUAAUUUUUUUCUUUUCUAUUCAUAAUUGAAUGUAGACUCUGAAUCACACCUGUUGUUAGUGGUUGGGGCUUAGUAGAUGUGAUCUGCAACAUAAGAUCCGUUUACUAAUGAAAAUGUUUAAAUUGGUAUUGUGAUCUGACAGUUGCUUGUUUAAACACCUGAAGGAUUAUAGAAGGCACCAUACUUAAUGUGUGUUAAUAAGCAAGUCCUUAGUUUUGAUAAACAUUGUUUAGUUAAGAUGCACAGAGUUUGUUGUUGGGUCCAUGGAGUAGCAUGCUUUCAAUGAAGUGUAACCAUGUCUCUCUGAAAUUGCUGGGCUCCACGCAGCUCAGCUCACGCAGCUCUCCAGUUCCCAUUCCUUUCUGAGGGCCUUUUGGAUAUAUUGAAUCAUUCAUGAGCUAGAAUUCAAGAAUUUGCAACCAACAGCUUAAAUAAUUCAGAGUGGUGUGCGACCCUACUGGUGCCUGGCUGCACAUGUUUAAUCAGGGAAAGUUUUCUGUUCUGUGAUAUAUUACUAAGUCACUGAAAAGAGAAAAUAUCUUAUUUAUGAUUAAGAAAUAAUUUUUUUCUUGUAUAGAAGUUGUUUUAGAUUAUUUUGUGCCAAUUCAAAGUUUUCUGAAAUUUCCUUUAGAUUUACACAAAGUUAAGAGUUUUAAAGUGUAAGGGCCUCUUUUAACAAUGGAAAAUGUUUCAGAAGAAUUAAAACCUAGAAUUGCAAGGAAUGUUGGAGUUUUGUGCUACUCCCUCAGGAUUUAUAAACCUGAGUAUUUGAAGACAGAACAUUUUAUGUAAGGGUCCCCAGGAUACAGUCACAAUUCCCAUUCAGAGUUGGCCUUAUCUCUUCCUAUUGGAAAAUCACAUGAAACUUCCCAUGUACUUCAACUGCUGCUACCGAAUGGAAAAUGAAGAAACUAAAUAUAUAUUUAAAUGUUGCAUAUUUUAUGAAAUUCAUAUAUUAUACACCCUAGUUCAAGCACUUAAGUAGAUGUGACAUGGUGACCUGUCUUGGUUCCAGCAGAGCGAAGCACACGCUGGAUACGUUUGAAUGUUCUGUAGUUUUUUGUGGAAUUGUUAUCCUGGGCAGGCACAUUUAGAAUCUGUAGUAAGCUGCCAUGUUGUUUGGACUAGCUUAAAUUGCAUUGAACAUUUAUAUUUAAUAUCUUAACUGGCCAUUAUGAAAAAUGCCAAUUCUUCAUAAUAUAGUAUCAGAAAGUAUACAAAGCUAUAUAGUUCAUAUAACAAGAGAUACCAUUGACUAUAAACCACCUACAAUAAGAUCAGGAACAAUGAAAUUAAUGAUUACUCUCCUAAGAACUUUAUAAAGAUUUCCAUUCUGUUUUACCAAUUGGGAACACUUUAAUGUUUAAUAUUUAAACUAUUGGUAUCUUUUUUCUAAUGUAAUUUGUAUUACUGGGAUAAAAUAUAUAUAGUGGUGAUGUAAGUGUGUAAUUAAACUUUAAGCCAACUUUGGAAAUACCACUUUCAUCUUUUCAGAUAUCAUGGUUUAGUAAGUAAUUAUUUGUGCUUUAAAAAUUCAAAUCUAAAACUUCCACUAAUACUUUUUUUUUUACAACAGUUAACAUAAAUGUUUCAGCAAUGUAAAUAGCUUGAAAAGAUUGUUGCAGGUAAACCCUAUAAUUAAACUCUAAGAUCAUAGCCAAAUAAUUUACAAUUCACAGAAUAUUUUUCAGAAAGAGGUGCUUUGUUUUUUCUUCAAAGUUGAUUUUUCUUAAUUAAGUCUUUAUUCAUGAUGUCAAAGUUAAUGAGGAAAAAAGCUCAAAACUAGUUGAGUCUUACAGGCGAAACUACCAGUAGUUUUUAUUAUUUAAUAUUAAAUCAAAUUUUAUUCCAAUCAUAGCCCAAGUGACAUUGUGUCUACACACUUCAUACCAUCUAAAAAGUCAUGCCAGUCCCACGCAUUGCUAAAUUCUGAAAACGGGUCCAGUGGACCUGUGCAAAUCCAAGAAAGACUGAUUCGUGCUUAGUCAAUCUUAAGUGAAAAGCCAUGUUUUAAAUUCUUGGCAGGAACCAGUUAUUGAUAAUUUUCUAUUAAAAACUGAAUCUUCAGUUGGAGGGGUCUGAGGAAACUGUUUCCACAGUGAGUCGUUUAUUUUAUCUGUGCCCUAAUAAAAUUAGAAAUCUGACCUUAAUUAAGAAAAAUCAGAUUGGAUCAACUAAUCAUUUCAGCACUGUAAAUAUUUUUUUCAUAUUCAAAAAUUUUUGUUCAUUCCUAGUUCCUGUUUAACUACUGUCUUUGGCUGAAGGAAUGAACUGGCUUUGUAUUUUUAAAGUUAGUCUGAUCUAUAAUAAAAACAAUUUUCUGCUUUUCUGGAAGAAGUUUGGUUCUUGAAAUUCUUUUCUAAGUUGAAAAAUUUGUUCUUAUUCAGAAAUGGUUUGGCAUCUAAGAAUUAAUGCAAAUAACUUCUAAUCUCAUGUUUACUAAUUGGCAUGUUUAAUCAUGUACCAAUGAAUAUUUUAAGAUGGGGUUCCUGGACAAACAGCAGGAAGUCUGUCCAGGCAGGAAUUCCUGAUUUAUGGAGGAGGUCCCUGGUGUAAUUCAAAGGUAAAUGAUGCCAUUUUUUUAAAAAAGGAAAAUACACAUUUGAAAUGUGAUUGUUAAUUUCUACAACACUGGACUACUAGGAAUACCUGUUUAUUUGGUUUUUUUUUUUUAAAUGACUAUUGUGUAUAAAUAUUUGAAGUAUGAAAGCUAUCUGAAGUGAAAGGCAUAGUCUGUUGGCCACGUUACAAGUGCCCUGUGGUAGUGCUGUGUGCGCUUUUUGCUCAGGACCCGACCCUGCAGCCCCUCUGUGUGUGCUCCUCGCAGAGUUGCUUUGCUGAGGGCAUCCACAUGGGCCUCCUAUCUGGUGUCUGGUCCGCGAAAAGCCGGGCUUCCAAAGCACUGUGUAAUGCUUAGGAUUCGAUUGUUACUGUGGAUGCUCCAUGAGUUGUAUUUUAAAUAUCAAAGAUGAUUAAAUAAAGAGAAUGUUUGCUUUUGUA